AACAGCUGAUGAGUGUGACGUCAGCAGCAAGAGCAACAACAACAGCAGCAACAAGUGUGGCAAUAUAAACCCCAACAGCAGCAGCAGGUCAACAAAAACAACAGCAGCAGCAGCAGCAGCAGGUCAACAAAAACAACAGCAGCAGCAGCAGCAGCAGGUCAACAACAAGAGCAGCAGGUCAACCAUAAUGGCAUCCAAGAUCAUCAGGAAGGUGAUAUCUUCACCCAGAGCACCUGCUGCUAUCGGUCCUUACAGCCAAGCAGUGCAAGCAGGCAACACCCUGUACAUCUCAGGUCAGCUUGGAAUGAACCCAGAGACUUUGAACCUAGUUAGUGAGGAUGUUGUUGCACAGACUGAAACAGCCUUAACCAACAUGGGUUACAUUCUUGAGGCAGCAGGAUGUACUUACAAGAAUGUUGUAAAGACAACAGUGCUGUUAGCAGACAUCAAUGACUUUGCCAAAGUCAAUGAAGUGUAUUCACAGUUUUUCUCAGAGGCUGUACCAGCACGAGCAGCUUACCAGGUUGCUAAUUUACCCAAGGGAGGACGAGUGGAGAUUGAAGCUGUUGCUGUUGUGGGAGAGUUGGAUCACCAGUGACAGGUGUAUGAGUACAUGUCUGUCAUACAACAGUGGUAAAGUUGGAUCACCAGUGACAGGUGUGUGAGUACAUCUCACUCAUACAGCCUAUACACUGCUUGAUUUGUAACAAAUACAUUAUUGCCAUUACCUCUAAAUUUAAAAAAAAUGUUUUGUUUUGUAUUUAGCUGUAUCAUAAGUGUAUAUUAAUCUUUACCAAAUUAAGGAAAUAUUAAUUUCUCAUUGUAUAGAUAUUAGUGACAUCAUCUUGUUAGCAGUUCAUAAAGAAAUUCAUCAGC